GUUUCUAAAUAAUAAGCGGUGGUAGAGAGCAGGGGAGGGGACAGAGCUACACUAAACAUGGAGGCAAACUGAAUGUCAAAAUAGCUGCAUUUUAAAGGAAACAACCGGCAAGGUUUCAGCAACUGGUGGGACAAGAAGGUACCGGCAGUGUGUGCUCCUGUUGGCGUCAAACGUUUGGAUGAAAAAACAGCAGUGAUUGGUGUUUGGGAUGAGAUUUGCCCUCACUGUGAACCUAGAGUCUACAUUUUGAGCCUCUGCACUUGUGAUUGUUAUUGCAUCUGAAGCAUCUCCGGAUACAGCUGAACCACAAGCACCACAACCACGUAGCAGCAUCUCCAUAUCUAUAUUUCAUAGCGUCUUAAUGGCUACUGAUGUUUCAUACUGAUUUAUGAUCGAGCCUUGGAGCCUUCACCAAUUUAUAUCAGAUUUAGAUCAGUGCUGCUGCAGUGCUUUACGUUAAAACUGUAGUUUCAAGAAGUCACAGUUGCCUUAUUAAUCACAUCCAUCCUUUUAUCUUAUCGUGGUUCCGCUCAUACAAAAAAUCCGACGGUGACUUCUAACCCAACAAGCUCAGGAUGGAGGAGCGCAUUUACGCCACAGGCAUGGCCGCCCGACUGAGGAGCCAGUGGGAUCGGGAUGAAGGUCUGGGGCAGAACCAUAAAGCGGUGAAGUUUCUGGGUCAGGAUUAUGAGUCUCUGAAAGCUCAGUGUCUCCAGAGCGGGAGGAUGUUCGAGGAUAGCUUGUUCCCGUGUGAGCCUUCGUCUCUGGGAUUCAAGGAGCUCGGCCGGAAUACCUCCAAGACCCAAGGAGUCCGCUGGAUGAGGCCCACGGAGCUCUGCCGGCGCCCUGAGUUCAUUGUGGAUGGAGCGACUCGUACAGACAUCUGUCAGGGAGCUCUGGGAGACUGCUGGCUACUGGCGGCCAUCGCCUCACUGACCUUAAAUGACGACCUCCUUCACAGAGUGGUUCCUCAUGGACAGGGCUUCGGUCAUGGAUACGCCGGCAUCUUUCAUUUUCAGUUCUGGCAGUUUGGCGAAUGGGUGGAGGUGGUGAUCGACGACCGGCUGCCGGUGAAAGACGGGAAGCUGCUGUUCGUCCACUCAGCGGAGGGGACCGAGUUCUGGAGCGCACUGAUUGAAAAGGCCUAUGCCAAGUUGAACGGAUGUUAUGAGGCUCUGUCAGGCGGCAGCACGUCAGAGGGCUUUGAGGACUUUACAGGCGGCGUGACGGAGAUGUACGAGCUGAGGAAAGCCCCGUCUGACCUCCACAGCAUCAUCAGCAGGGCCAUAGAGAGAGGAUCACUGCUAGGCUGCUCCAUUGAUAUCACGAGCAAAUUAGACAUGGAAGCCGUCACCUUCAAGAAGCUGGUGAAGGGACAUGCGUACUCUGUAACCGGAGCGAAUGAGGUGGUGUACAGAGGAAACAUGACCAAGCUUGUUCGUAUCAGAAACCCAUGGGGGGAGGUAGAGUGGACCGGAGCCUGGAGCGACAACUCCAGAGAGUGGGAAAAUGUGGAUCGGUCUGUCAGAAGUCAGCUACAAAACCGCAGUGAGGACGGUGAAUUCUGGAUGUCAUUCAGUGACUUCCUGCGCGAGUUCACUCGUCUGGAGAUCUGUAACCUGACAGCCGACGCCCUGCAGAACAGCCAGCUGAAGAAAUGGAGCUCCUCGCUCUACCAGGGUGAAUGGAGGAGGGGCAGCACUGCCGGAGGCUGCAGGAACUUUCCAGCAACCUUCUGGCUGAACCCCCAGUUCAAGAUCUUGCUGAAGAACCCGGACACUCCUGGCCAAUCAGAUUGCAGUUUCCUGGUUGCCCUCAUGCAGAAAGACCGCAGGAGGAAACGGCGGGAAGGCAAAGACAUGGAGACUAUUGGCUUUGCUCUCUAUGAGGUUCCACAGGAGGCUGCGGGGAAGUCAGCAGUCCACCUAAAGCGAGAGUUUUUUCUGACUCACGCCUCCAGCGCCCGCUCAGAGCUCUUCAUCAACUUGAGGGAGGUCAGCUCACGGUUGCGACUUCCGCCUGGGGAAUACGUCGUUGUGCCCUCUACUUUCGAGCCCCAUGUUGAGGCUGACUUCGUACUCAGGGUUUUCUCGGAGAAGCCCGCCGACUCUGAGGAGCUUGAUGAUGAUGCUUCAGCGGCGCUUCCUCCAGAGACUCAACUAGAUGAGAGCCAAAUUGACUCAGCCUUCAAGAAUCUCUUCAGACAGCUGGCCGGGCCGGACAUGGAGAUCAGUGUCACAGAACUGCAAACUAUACUGAACAGGAUCAUCAGCAAACACAAAGACCUAAAGACGGACGGCUUCACAAAAGAGUCUUGUCGCAGUAUGAUUAACCUCAUGGACACUGACGGCAGUGGAAAGCUGGGAUUGGCAGAGUUCCACGUGCUCUGGGAAAAGAUUAAACGAUACCUGACUAUAUUCAGGGAAUUUGACUUGGACAAGUCGGGCACAAUGAGCUCCUAUGAGAUGAGGAUGGCUCUUGAGUCAGCAGGGUUCAAGCUGACAAACCACCUAUUCCAACUGAUCAUCCUGCGCUACACAGAGGCAGACAUGGCUGUCGACUUUGACAACUUUGUCACCUGUCUGGUCAGAUUGGAGACCAUGUUCAAAACCUUCAAGACCAUGGACACAGAUACAGAUGGUGUCAUAUCCCUUAACUUUAUUCAGUGGAUUACCCUGACCAUGUUUGCCUAGCGGUGAGGGGUCUCCUCAGUAACUGUCGCACUGCAUCCUGCUGCAGCUCCAGGCCCUGUAGUUGUUUCAGAAGUGCCUUUUCUCCCUCAAGUUCUUCCUCUCAUCCAUGCUGCUCGCUGCUGAGGUUCUCUGAUGCUAAAAAACCCAACUGUAAAUCCUUCUUUACAGUGCCUAUCUAGGCAAAAGGUGCCAAUCCUGUAUUUGUCCCGUUUUUGCCAAUGGAAGGAAGCUCCCUUCUUGUAGCCAGGCAGUCAAUUCAAGGUUAGCACUGCAAAUGUUAGCACCAAGCGUUUGUAGCUCGGCAAACUUUUAUUAGAAACAGUGCUACUCCGGGGGAAGAAAUAAUCUAAUUGGGUAACUUUCAGUAUGUGGAGACAAAAAAAGGCCCAUAGUAGCUGGCUUGGUUGAAAACCAAUUUCUUCUUAGCCUAGCUGUUGCUCAUGUUUAAAGAAAUGUUAGCCAUACUAGCCUUUAGCUACCAGGUUAUGGAGAAACAAACCUGACUUAUUAGAAAUUAAAUAUUAAAUGGUCACAUAAACUAAUACACAUUAAAUUAAUAAACACAUAAAUGCACAAAGAUAUUGAGGAGUAAAAUUUAUAGAAAUGCCAUGUUAUUUAUGUCGUUACCUUAAGAGAUAUUUUCCGUGAUUAUAGUUUAUCUGUGCAUCAGCAAAGUUCUUUUUCUCAGCAUAAUUUACUUCUAUUCAAGCGGGCUUAAAUGUGUACAGGACAAUAUAUUGGUGUAUAUGAUCAAUAACAAGAAAUUACAAUUCAGAAAUGCCAAUGAUACGUUUACGGUAAUGGUGAAACCAGCUAUUACAUAGUUUGUCCACCAGGGAGCAGUAAUGAGCUUGUUUGUUUUUUUAACUUGAAAAUGUACUGCUUCUUUUCUUAUCUGAUGUUAACAAUGUUUAAAUGUUGAUAUAAAAAAACUAGUGUUAAUUUGACUUUAUACUUGAAACUUUUUCAUGAAAAGACUCCAAAACAUCAAGUUUGGUUCUCCAUAUCCGCUAAGGUAGGCAGCUAAGCUAAAGGUAUGCUAAAGUUGUGAAUGUUAUAGUAAAGAGGGAAUUGCUUGUCUUGUUUCUCAAGUUUGCCAGGUAGCUAACUAGUGCUUCAAAUAUGCACUUUUUACAAUCCACACUGUGCUGUAAAACACCAAAACGUCAGUCUGGCAGGUUUAGAUCACUUCUUAAUCAAUUUUGAAUCAGAUUUUAAUGGUGUUUUUUAUUGGAAAUUUGCAAUCAGUCAUUUCAUCACAUUGUACAUCAUCAUUUGUGAUACGCAUUUGAUUUUAAGGGAUUCCUCUGCAUGUAUUCACUAAUCAGUGGAGGGGAAAUGAUACUUUUUGACAGGUUUUCAAUUAAAUCAAUUACUUAAUGUGAA